CACGUCAUCUUAUAUGGCUAUUUUCAAUCUCCUGAGCUUGUCAGGUUUAACCUGUGGCCCCUUUUCCGUCCUCAUCUAACUAACUUUUGUGGGUGGUCAUGAAGAUGGUGAGGUCUUUUAGCCCCCACGGUAGACUGAUAACCCAGCUAGAAAAUGACAUAGCUACUGGACUGUGAGAACAGAUAAGUACCUCUACUUUUAAAUUACUCAUUGUGAAAACUGCAUCAAGUUUGGCAUCUUUUCAGGCACUGACUUCUCUAGUACCCCCAAUUCCGAAGACCACAUGUGAAGGUCUUUCCAAAAGACACCACUAAGAAUUUUACUUCAAUCUCUGCUACUAUCUUGCUUUGUCAAUUUACCAAGUUUGCUGCUGAGAGGGGCAUCUUAUUUGGAGAAUGAGAGAAUAGUAAGGGUAUAGUGCUUUGGAAUGUUAAAGCGCUAGAUAAGAUCAAAGUGAUACAUAUAAAAUUGAAUGAGGUGCCUACUGAUUUACCAGCAAAGUUCACAUUCAGUUGCAAAGUCACAUUUCUGUCAGUCCCUGUUUGGAUGUAACUGAACUCCUCCGCCUUGGGGGUUAGACCAGUAUAAAUCUGUCAAGGUUCAGGGCUGGGAAGAGCUUGAUGGUAUAUACCCAAUUUUGGAACCACUUCUAUGGGCGCAGUAAGUCACUGAAAAAAAACGCAACCUCACAGAAGGGAGUCUUGCUCCAUCAUUUGAUUGCUUCAUCAUUUCUCAAGCGCUGCCUGCCUUGGCUUAGGCAAACUUAUCCAUCUAGGCAAACCUUACAGGUUUCUGCAAACAAAACAUGAGUUGCAGAUGAGGAGGGAUUCAGGAGCAAAAAGAUCCAGAAAGAUAAAAAUGAUAGUUACCAUUAAGCUAUUUUCCUCCUUUUACAGAGAAGUAACCCGAACACAGAGAAAAGGUGUUUCCCCUUAGCAGCUUAUCAGUUUGUUGCCCAAGAGGCCAAAGUGAGGGGCGCUUGAGAUGUAUUCAAUGAAAAGAGCGCGACCAGGUUUUUUCCAUUUAAGUCCUAACACACGAAAUGAAAAUAAAAUCCUCAAAAAGUAGCCAAGUCAGCAGCCAGUGUUGGUUAGCCUUACUCUAGCCCUCCUUGACUCUUCAUUAUUGAAAUCAUCCACUUCCUUCCUGCUGCGGGGGCGGAGGCUCUGGGGAGUCCUUUUCGAGCCAUGCAGCCCUCACCGACAAGCUAGGUCUUUGGCUUCCACACACUUGGGGAAACGGGGCCCUUCUGUUGGAGACGGAAUGCUGUCUGGUACGCGCGGCGCGGAAUAAGAACUCACAACCGGAGAACCGCAACUCCGCGCAGUAGCUGCUGGCUGUCCGCGGUACCCGAAGCGACGGGAGAAUCGGAGCUUCCUCAACCUAGGGCCGGGGCGGAGCUUCCCCACGGGGCGGAGCUUCCUCACCCCCGCCGGGGCGGGGCGGAACUCUCCACCAGCUCUCCCGGGGUCCCUCUAACUGCGCAUGGCACGUUGCGUACCUCCCCCCCAGCAACCGGCCUGGCUGCGGCGAGGUUAUAAACUAAGGAGGCGGAGCUGAGACGGGGUCGGGACUUCUUGCUAACUCCAGGACCAGGGCGGGCCUUCGUCAGAUCGGCCAUCCCGGCUCUUCCCCCCUCGCCCUCCACGGCCCCCUUUUCACCCGAGUCCUCGAUUCCCGCAACGAGGGGCUGCAGCCGGAAAGCAGAAUAGGCUUGGGCCUGGCGGGGAGACACGAGAGCGGAUUUGCUGGGCAGGAGAGGUUUAACUUUUUGAAAUUGAAAUAGGUCUACACAUUAGGAACUCAUGUCUUUUCUUGUAAGUAAACCAGAGCGAAUUAGGCGGUGGGUCUCGGAAAAGUUCAUUGUUGAGGGCUUAAGAGAUUUGGAACUAUUUGGAGAGCAGCCUCCGGGUGACGCUCGGAGAAAAACCAAUGAGGCGAGCUCAGAGUCGAUAGCAUCCUUCUCUAAACAGGAGAUCAUGAGUAGCUUUCUGCCGGAAGGCGGGUGUUAUGAGCUCCUCACCAUCAUAGGCAAAGGAUUUGAGGACCUGAUGACAGUGAAUCUAGCAAGGUACAAACCAACGGGAGAAUAUGUGACGGUUCGAAGAAUUAACCUAGAAGCUUGUUCCAAUGAUAUGGUGACGUUCUUGCAGGGGGAGCUUCAUGUCUCUAAACUCUUCAACCAUCCCAACAUCCUGCCAUAUCGAGCCACCUUUAUUGCAGACAACGAGCUGUGGAUUGUCACAUCAUUCAUGGCAUAUGGAUCUGCAAAGGAUCUCAUCUGUACACACUUCAUGGAUGGCAUGAAUGAACUGGCCAUCGCUUACAUCCUGCAGGGGGUGCUCAAGGCCCUAGACUAUGUCCACCACAUGGGACAUGUACACAGGAGUGUCAAAGCCAGCCACAUCCUGAUCUCUGCGGAAGGGAAGGUCUACCUCUCUGGUUUACGCAGCAACCUCAGCAUGAUCAGCCAUGGGCAGCGGCAACGUGUGGUCCACGAUUUCCCCAAGUACAGUAUCAAGGUUCUGCCCUGGCUCAGCCCGGAGGUCCUCCAGCAGAAUCUUCAGGGUUAUGAUGCCAAAUCUGACAUCUACAGUGUGGGAAUCGCAGCCUGUGAGCUGGCCAACGGCCAUGUCCCCUUUAAGGAUAUGCCUGCCACCCAGAUGCUGCUGGAGAAAUUGAAUGGCACGGUGCCCUGCCUGUUGGACACCAGCACCAUCCCCGCCGAGGAGCUGACCAUGAGCACCUUGCGCUCAGCAGCCAACUCUGGCCUGAGCGAGAGCCUGGCCACCAGCACCUCCAGGACCUCCAAUGGCGACUCACCCUCCCACCCCUAUUACCGCACCUUUUCCCCCCACUUCCACCACUUUGUGGAGCAGUGCCUUCAGCGCAACCCGGAUGUAAGACCAAGUGCCAGCACCCUCCUGAACCAUUCUUUUUUCAAGCAGAUCAAGCGACGCGCCUCAGAGGCUUUGCCAGAGUUACUUCGUCCUGUCACCCCCAUCACCAAUUUUGAGGGCAGCCAGUCUCAGGAUCACAGUGGAAUCUUUGGCCUGGUAACAAACAUGGAAGAGCUGGAGGUGGACGACUGGGAAUUCUGAGCCUCUGAAGAAGGUGCACAUUUUCCAGCGGGGACGUGUGAGCUUCCGGGGGCCCUUCCUGAGGGCUGACCACAUUCCCACCCUUCUGGGUGCAGAUUGGGUAGAAAGGACAUUUCUGCCGGGAGAGUUGCCUGCUUACUGACAGGGAAAGAAAUUCCUGGAGAGAAACUGCUCCAAGGCUUAUAAGACACCAGGGAAUCCCAACAGCCAGGGGUUGGGAGGGGCCAGAAAGCUGACAUUCUCAGCCCUGGGAGCUCAGGCGAUCUCUUCAGAAGGAAGAGAUGCUGUUCUGGCCCUGAGGGCUGAAGUUCAAGCCCAGGGUUUAACCCGUUGACACAGGAAACUGUGACUUCCUCUUCCCACUCUUGCUCUCCUAUCAGCCAAAUUCUGUUCUUUUUCUGUGCUCUCAGAUUCUGUAGGUUCAUGGAGGGGCAAACAAUAAGCAACCUUCACUCCCUUCCCUCUGACCUCUCCCUAAUAACUAGAGGGAAGAGUAUUUUUCUCUUUUUAAGCCCCAGGUUAUGGCUGGGGCAGUUCAUCCUUAUCUCUGUUAUCGCUUCGGCCCUGACACCUAAAACCUUCCCAUAGUUCAUCUGUGUAGUGCAUUUCUUUCCCACCAAGUCCAUCUUACCACCUCCUGCCAGCUGCCUUGGUGCUUUCUCCAAAGGCCAUAAUGUCUUGUCUAGCCAGAGGGCUUAAAGUCCUUAUGCUGUGUUAGUUUUAUUACCAGAACAAAUUAAAAAUUUCAGAGAAUCCA